UAACAAGGACUGAUACAUGCAUGAGACACCCGGAAAAAAAAAUUCUUCCCUUCCCGGGAUUUAUUUGGCUGCAAGAAGUUUCAAAACUUUGGGCCAUUUCAACAUUCAGACGGCCACCGAUGCUUGGAAAUUUUCUAACUAAACGGAUCCAGGGGAAAAAAUAUCCCACCUACCUGUGUGUGUGUGUGUGUGUGUGACUGUGUGUGUGUGGGUCAGUUAAAAUGAUCAGCACAAGUGACCAGUAAAACACGUGUCUGGAUUUCAAAAGGAAAGAAAUAUUUUGCGAAGGAUGACGCUUGGAGGAAAAUUACUAAUUAUUAAGGAGCCGUGGCUAAUUCUUUAAAGGAGAUCGUAUGGGAGGGGAGGAGGAGAGUACAUUUAUUUAAAUGACCACGAUACAUUUCUCAAAGUUUCAGUCCAGAAAGGGACAGUGCCGCUUGCAGUUAAUUUCUGGUGAAUAUCAUAAAUUCAUCGCCAUUGAUAGCCCAGUGUCCACCAGGAGCGAGCUGGACUUUCGGAAAUCCUUGAGCCCUCCUGUAAGUUUGGAGAAUAGUCGAUGUUACGUGAGGCAAUCGGUUCUGAAGAUUUGAGUGCAAAUGAAGCGACGUGAUGACAGCCCAAGAUAAGUGUUCACGCUGAGAUCAUGCAAGUGAGAUCAAGCAUGUUCCGGCUGCCCAGCUGGAGAUGGUAUUGCUGGAAAUCUUGGCUGCUAGCUGCGUUGUUCCUGGGAUUUGGAGCCCUCUAUAGUGCUCAGGCUGUGAAUCAGAAGCUGAGAAGAUCUCAAUGGCUGAACAGAGUACGUCAGCGCCGUCAGGUUUGGUCCAAUGAGUGGUCACCAUGGGGCAGUUGGAGCGCUUGUUCCAGUACGUGUGGCGGGGGAGCAUCCUUCCGGACCAGGCAGUGUUUGAGGUACUUGAACACAGAGGAUUGCCCAGGGGAUCAGAGGCAGUACAAAGUGUGUAAUGUUGUGGACUGUCCUCCAGGAUCUGUUGAUUUCCGAAAGAUGCAAUGUUCACUCUACAACAACAAGCCAAUCCAGGGCAAUUUGAUGAACCACCAGUGGCUACCAUUCUAUGGGGCUCCCAAUCAAUGUGACCUCAACUGCCUUGCCAAAGGGAAGAAUUUCUACUACAUGUUUGGUCGUGUUCUAGAUGGGACAAAGUGCAGGCCUGACUCAUCGGAUAUGUGCAUUAAUGGGCAGUGUCUGAAAGUAGGUUGUGACAGGAUCCUCGGCUCAAAGGCCAGAACAGAUGUCUGCGGUGUUUGCGGAGGACGGAACGACUCCUGCAUCCUGGUCCGGAGAGUUUACCGUUCAGCAUUCCCCUCCUCUGGUUACUUUGGUUACAAUAAUGUAACUGUGAUCCCAGCAGGAGCCACUAACAUUAAAGUUACAGACAACAGCAGGAACUACCUAGCCCUAAUAAAUGGCAAAAAUCACUAUGUGAUCAAUGGAAACUGGGUAAUAGACUGGCCGGGAGAAUAUGAUGUCGCUGGCACCAAAGUACUGUACAAGCGUUCUGCUAGUAACCACGAGACAAUUGAGGCUACAGGACCAACAGCGGAGGACCUCCAUGUGAUGGUUCUUCUACAAGAGGAAAAUUCAGGUAUCGAAUACGAGUUCUGGCUUCCGAAUGAGCGCUACAGCCAUUACCAGGGAGGACACAGUCCACUGAGGCAACCUGAGAUCGCUGUUAUAGAAGCUGACCAUCCUCUCAGUUACCUGCCCUGGACACAGACCACAACAGCCACCACCACUACCACCGUCACCAGCCCUGUCAGAAAUCCAGUCGUCCAACCAGGCUGGGUACACCCUGCACAGCGACCACCAGUGCAUUCUGCUCAAGUAGAUCACUUUCAAAAUAUAUUACCGAGGGAUCCCAUCCAAUCCACGCGCCAUGAGCCCAGUUACUGUAGAAAGUGUAAGAAGUCAAAAGGAAAAUCUCAAAGGAUUAAACAGUACUGCCAGAAAGACUUUGUUUUUCGUGGAAGAGUCCUCAGAAAGGCAGUUGUGGGGUCGGAGACUCGAUAUGAUGUGCAAAUCAGGCAAACAUACAAGAACAAAUAUCCCAUUGUCCACAGGGAAUACAUCUGGGUGCCAAACACAUGUGACUGUCCAUAUAUUCUAGAAAAGCGAGAGUACAUCAUGAUGGCAAGGCGACAUGUGAACUUUGAGCAAACACUGAACCGAAUUCUACUGGAGCACAACAGCUUUGUCAGGCUCUGGCAGCCAAAGGAAGACUUGAUGCUACGAGACAUAAAUAAAUAUUGCCACCGGUAUUCAUAACGCAAAGUCUAUCAUGAUGCAAACAUUUUACAACUCGGUCCAAUAUUGGAUUGUAUUUGGGAAGAGCCCAUGACAUUGCAAUAGAAAACCAUAUCAUUCCAUCGUUUAUGUGCAAAUCUCCAAUUAAGCACCUACUCACUGCUUAUAGUAAGUCCCUCUUUCUAAGCCACCAAGUACAUUCCCUGGAAGGAGUUACUUGGAGAUGACUCUAUGGGUCAAGGCACUGAGUUGUUGGAAAUAAGUUAAUGUGGCCGCUUUGUCCAUGCUCAAUUGAAGUUAAGAAAUAUGUCCUCAUAUUGGAAAGAAUUAUUGGGAGCCUUCAGAACUUUAUAUGUGGUCAGUCUGAACUAACAGUGUCUGGUUUUUCUGUAAGGAAUGUUCUCUAUGAUGAACUAUUUGAUAUGCAAGGUACCAUAAUGUCCAAUUUUGUUGAUGGCGACAGAAUCUAUAUUUUUAAACAAGCCAACCCAAUAUUACAUUAUUGUGACUGGAGCACAAUGAUAACUUUUCUGCAGCACCUUGAAAGUAAUGCACUUCAUUAUUUUUUAGCAAUUUCCCCCCAUGUAUUUGGGACAUCUGUUCCCUGAAGGAUGUUCCCAGGUUUGAACAGUCUUACAUUGCAUGAUCCUAUGUUAUUUUAAGGACAGGCAUUCUGUAUUAUACCUGGCAUGUUCUGAAUUUUGGGUGACGUAUUGGUAUAUGCCAAUUAUUUUAUAUCAUUUAUUUAAAUACAUAUAUUAAGUAUCUCACUUGUAUACUGACACUAAUCACUUUGCAUGGUACAUUAUGUAUCUAAGCAUCAAAGACAUUUUUUUAAGAAUUUUAUUGUACACUGUCAUUAAAAUUGGCAAACAUUAA